AUGGAGUCGUGCGACGAAGGCAAUCUCACAGCGUCGGGGGGAUGUGACGCCACCUGUCGCACGGCCCCUCGUUGGGAAUGCUACCAGCAAGGCACGCCGUGCAAGCGGUGCAUCCACGCAACAGGAUACAAAGUUGACGGUGUCAACCCUGCGUCCAUGUGUCCGUUUUGCUACAAUUUGAUCAAAGACGUGCUAACUCCGUGCAGCUCCUCGUUGUUCAAUCCAGUGUCCACCACACCGGCAACAGCGUUGGCCUCGGACAAUUAUGCUGCCAACUACUGUGCUGCCAUUGCAGCCAAUGCUACGCUUCGCGACCCCGGUUGCGAUAGCUACGUCAAUCAGACCCGAGCCAACACUGUGCCGACUAUUGCUUCGGCUUGCGAGUACAGCAUCCGCAACGUUACAAUCAACCUUCCGCAACUGUUUGCCCUCAAGUUUGCCAUAUUCACGUGCAAGUUUGUCGACGCCAUGGGCAUUCGAACGGACACCACCCCCAAGUUUUAUUUCUCGAACCCCCUCGACUUUCUCUCGAGCUCUACGAAAGCGACGUUGACAGCGAAUGCGUCGGCCGCUCUGAGUGCCUUGUAUGGCAACCGACCCUCCAAAUUGUACUCGUUGCGGGACCUGCGCUUGAGCGACUACUUUCCCUACGUGAAUCCCAACAUCUUGGUGAACGGCGAUCUCCUGGCUAUUCCGAACCCCCUUGGUCGCUUGGCGAUAUUCCCCAACGGCACAACCAUCAACAUCGAUUGCGCUACGUACUCGUAUAAUGUGGGACUUAUUGCGUUGCCUCCGACGAAGAACCCGCUGCAAUGGGCGGUGAAGGCCACAUUGUUGCGGUUGAAAUUCAUGGCCAUCAACACGGACGACACGACGAUUUCGGACUUUGCCUCGCUUUCGCCCGAACUGCUGACCGCCGACACUACCCCCGUCAACGGAAUUCUGCAGUUUGCACAUCUCCUUGGCCGAUCGGUCAAGGAUGAUGCCACCGGAGUCACCACCGACUACCCCACGACAGUGUGUUCUGGAUCCAACUGCCUCAACGUCGAAAAUGCCAUCAAGAAAGGACUGGGUCGAAUCCAAUUGAAGUCACGACUCUUCGAUAAUACGUGUGCCGAUUCAGACACAACUUGCAAGUAUCCCGUGGACAAGUGCCGCUAUGUCCCCCUCUCCCCCAAGAACCUCACGUUGGACGCAGUGUCGAUUCAACAGACCUCCACCAGUGUCGUCGCAAACAUCCAGAAAAUCUCGUCCGCCACAACCACCGUCGACACAAUGCAGGGCUUUCUGCAUGUUGCCAUGGCCGCGUCCACCAAAGUGUUUAGCGACACAUUGAGCCUCUUUUGGGCAGCCGUGGCCACGGGCAUGCAGUCCAAAGUGCUCAAAAACGUGGCCAACUACUGCGGCGUGCGCCAGUUCUUGUCCAAUUCGUCCAUAAACCCCAUGUGGCUGGCGAACCCGUGCUGCAACAGCGCCUUGGCCGACUUUAUGUGCUGCAUGCCCCAGAACGUGCCCGACGGAGCGAUUCCGGUGCUCUCUGGCAUCCAGAAGGACGUGGUCCGAGCCAACUGCCCACUGAAUGCCGACUCGAUGCUGUCGUUUCUGAACGGGGCGUACGUCGGCCUCACUAGCGUCCAAGCGGCCGUGAACUCGUUGAAUGCGCUGGCCCUGCAAAGCGACGUCCACGGGACCGUCGAGAGCCUGCAGCGCGACUGCCAAACCGCCCUGCUCAACGCGUCCGCCACGUCAUGUCAAUCAGACAACGACUGCACGGCGUGUCAAUACAGCCAGUGCCAAAUCGACCCCACAACGCUGGCGGGGAAGUGCACUGUGCCGUGGAACAACAUAAUUGACUGCACGGUGGAAUGCAUCACAGAAUCCAUGGAUCCACUCUUGUUGCGGUAUCUCAAAGAGGACUGGAACUUGACCGGGGUCAACACAUCCCAAGACCUGGCAAAUGCGUUUACUCGAUACACAGCCGACAUGGGGUGCACGGGUCCCAUGGCCACGUCCUCCGACAUUGGCAAGACCUCGUCGUUGUUCGUGUGCAACUCUACGUGUCAAGUCGCCAACAUGUGCGAAGACAAGGACUACCAGUGGUUCCUUCGGGAUGGUCUGAACAACCCCCUGCUCGACUUUGGGGUGGCAGCCACUUGUACCGGCAACGGAGGCCGCCGUGUGUGUUCUGGCUACGACGCCACCGGCACCUGCCAAACCUACCAGUGCACGUUUGACACGAUCCAAAGUGGGUGCAAAGACGAAAGUCAAUGCGUCGCCCAAUGUCAAUUGCCAUUGACAGCAGGAGGUUGCAAAGUCGCCAACGGACGCUGGUACGCGGAUGCUACAGGCAUCGGCCGCUGUUGUCCUCCGGACGCAUACUUUUACGCUGGCAACCAAACCACAACUGCAGUGUGCACAUACCAAUUGCCCAAUGCCCCUGCGCUGGCAUAUCAGCUGCGGGACCCGCUGUGCUGUGCCGCCAACAACGGAACGUGGUUCAUGGUGGACGACAGUACCGGCAGUUGCUGCUUUGGACGCAUCAUCACCAUCCAAAAUGCCGGCGUGAAUCAACUGGCCUGCCAAACGGCCAUCACUGGCUGGGAUGUGGCCACAUGUGUGGGGGCUUGCGUCACGUCGUUCGAGUCAAGCUGCACGGCUUGUCAGACCAAGAGCGCGUUGGCCGAGUGUUGCGGCAUCCAAACGUCGUCCGCCAAUCAGACGGCGUGCCUUUCCAAGAAAUCGUGCAACAACCUACGCCUUCCCAACGGCAAUUGCAACGACUCGACUCCGUUUUGCUCGAAAUGCACGGGCCAAAACUGCAUCAGCGUGACCCAACCGCCCACGUGUUUGAUUGAAGUGUCCACGGCUUCAGAUUGCACCACCGCUGGCGGGACGUGGAGCGCUGCGUCCAAGCAAUGCCUGGCCGUAUCUGGCUCCAACGUAGCUGCAUCCGACUGCUUUGUUCGACCCGACUUGUGCCCGAGUGUGACCAACUUUACCAGUUUCUACACCGUCGUGCCUCUGUACCCUCGCCGCAUCACUCGGUGUCUGUUCGGGUGCUACUUGCCAUCGCUUUCCAAAGCCUCGUGUACCGCAAACACAAAGUACAUGUGGGAUACUACCCACGGCAACGGUUCUGGCAUUUGCGUCGGUCGUCGCAAUACCAUCAAGACGCUGGCGUCCUGUACCACGGAGGGCGGGGUGUACUUGAAUGCCACGAAAUCUUACUUUCCGGGGGCGUUUACCACCCAAGCCCAGUGCGACCAAGGCGGAUGUAUCGGCAGCCCCAGCAACGACGGGUGGAGUUCUGCCCAGUGCCUCAACACAUCGUUUGGGUCGUGUGACAGUCAAUGCAACAUGUGCACGACGCAGACACAACCGUUCGCCCAGCAAAGCCUCGGCGGAUGCUUUAGCUCGGACGCGACCUACUGCACCAGUGUGAAUGCCGCUUCUACCCCCUGUUUGGUAGCGGAUGCCACGACCUCCACGGCUUGCUCGAUUCUCACGUCAACCUCGUGGCGGACUUGCUCCCAGUACACAUCCACUUCUACGUGCAGCAACACCACCGACCCGUACGCGUCCACCUUGAAGUGCCUGUGGGCCGCCCAGCCCUGUCCCACUCGCUCGCUAUGUCUGGCCCAAGGCAAAUGCGACGACUUUGACAACAUGCGGCAGCAAUGCCUAGACGCCGGCUGGACCUACGGUGACACAUGCUUUGCGUUUGUCGUGUCCAACGUGUCGUCGACCAUCCAAACCAAAGCGUGCAACAAUUGCAACCGCAUCAACGGCGUUUGCGUUGCCCCUGUGACAUCGUUGACGCCGUGCCCUGUCGAAAAGGCCCACCCCAUGGGCUGUCGUGUGUAUGGUGUAUCGGACAGCGCCACAUGCACGACUAAGGGGGGUGCGUGGUACACUCGCGCGACCACCCAAGCGCAAUGCCUCAGCACCAAAGCCUGCCGUGACCCCGUCACAGGCGCCACUUCCAAGAAAAAUUCCACCGAGUGCUCGAAAUGCAACGGGAAAAUCGCGUCGCUGUUUUCGUGGUGGCCUGGUCAAUGGAGAAGUCCUCGUGUCGAAACAUAUUCGUGGAACUCGAACGGCACCAAGCUCAUGGCCGUGAACGAAUGGAAGCAAACGAUCUCGGAUGAAAAGUUAUCGGCAGCGUUGGUGCGGCCGAUGGUUCGACGAUUUGCCACUCUCCAAGGCCAAAAGGCGCUCGUACUGUACAAUUCCAUGUCUGAAGUGUUGGCGACAUUGGCUUGUGCGUGUGGAGUGGGGGCGUCGUCGUCGUGCUUUAAGACGCAGCCCAAAGGAGCAUUGGUGGCACAGACCAGUGUGUUUUGCGGUUUGGCCUACACUGCCACGACUGGGUUCUCUACAGCUCAAGUCUCCACUACAUGCCCUGCAUCGACGUCGCCGGCACGCCGACGGUUGACCGACAGCGCGGAGACUGCAACCAUCGAAUGGUCAACGUUCCCCCUAGCAUCCUUUGUGCUGUUUCCGUUGACACCCAAGUGCAACUCGUCCGAAUUGAACCCCCUCGUGGUCACAACCACGAAUGGCUUGGUCUACGGGCAGCUCCUCGGGCCUGGCCAGGUGUAUGUAGUCACGGCUGGCCAAGUGGACGCCGUCGACCUCUGUCUCCCCCUGUCGCCCAACGUGCAUUCGUGGGACGUCCUCUUCGACACGGUCGACGUGGCCACGUACAAAGACGGCAUGUUCAGCCCCCUGCACUUGCAGACAUUCCUCCCGUCUCCCCCAGACCAAAUCUGCUUUGAAGCGUUGGCUAACACGUCCUACUUCCCGAUCAAACGAGCCAACGUCACCAACGUCGAGACCAUGGCGUGCCCCUUCACUUGUGCAAGCAACACAAGUGUUUGUGUGUACAAUGUCACUUCGCAAGCCCCAGAAUGUAUCUGCCGCUGUGGGGCGUCAGGUCCUACUUGCUCGGUUGGUUGUGACAAUGGCGUGUGUGCGUGCAAAGACGGCUUUGGUGGUUCAGACUGCACCACCCCUCAAUGCCCUACAGGAUCCUCUUUGAUCCCUUGUUCUAACUCUGGUGUCUGCAACGAGGAUGGAACGUGCACGUGCAAUGCAAACUUCCGCGGCGCAGCAUGUGACGACCCUGUGCCGACGACAACGACUGUGACCCCAUCCCCUCUGCAAAUUCCCCCCACGGACGCCCCAACUACGACAAGUACUGCUCCAGCUCAGACAAGCAGUACCACCCCACCACCAUCUACCCCGACGCCAACACCUACGAAGAGCAUAGCCAUGCAGGUCCACACGUCAUCGCUUGGCAUCGUCUGUGGUGUCCUAGUUGCAGCGAUAUUACACUUGUAUUAAUUGAUCAUUGCAUAUAUUGCAUUGACGGCAAGAAGCGUCUUUAAUUCUCAACUUCAAUGUUAGUCAUGUUGGCACUUGGGCG